AAUUCACAAAGCUUUUUUUGCCGAUACCGGUCGUUAUGUAAACGAUUUCACACGUUAUUGAAGCAAGUCCAAUUCACUAAACGAUUUAACGCUUGUAAAAAUCAUCAAAUAACGUUUCACUACACGGAACCGAUAUUUUUAGUUUUGAGUCGUUAUUGAACGUAUUGAUCGUUGUUUUAACGACUCAAAUCGUUAAAUAUGUACAGAAGUGCAAUUCACAAAGGUUUUUUAGACAGUUAACGAUCGCUAAGCAAUCGUUAAAUAAGCACCUCCCUGAGGGUGGCGUUAUGACAUUUCCCAGGCGAUAUUUCAUUUGUUGAGAGGAAUUUUUUGGCGGUUCAGGCUUGUAGUCAAUUUUGUUAGGAGUUUUGUGCAAGAUGGAACCAUUUGGAUGUGCUCUAUUUGAACUGAAACUGAUCCAGAGGCGAAGAAGGACACGUCAGAAUGUCGUUCAGAUAGAGAAACGUGUAUUCCGUUCACGUACCUUUUUGGAUCAAUUUACUGAAACCCAGGUGAUAGCCAAAUUCAGAUUAUCCUCUCCCAUGAUACAUUCCCUGUAUGAUGAAAUACACUUGGCCCUAGAAACACGCACGCGGAGAAGUAAUGCAGUACCAGGUCUUGUGCGUUUUUUGGCAGUACUUCAUUUUUUAGGAAAGGCCUCAUACCAACAUGUCAGUGGUGAGAUUGUUGGCAUCUCACAACCCAGUUUUUCCCGCUGCUUGGUGGAGGUCCUGCAAGCACUGCGACAACUUGCUCCAAAAUACAUACACAUGGGCAAGUCACGUGAAGAGCGGGAUCAAAUUAAACGUGGUUUUUUUGACCUAGCAGGAAUGCCCAAUGUCAUUGGGGCAAUAGACUGCACCCAUGUGCCAUUAUGUCCCCCAUCAGAACAGGAGCACAUCUACCGAAACCGUAAGGCUUACCAUUCCCUCAACAUCCAGGUGAUCUGUGAUUCAAACCUCAUAAUCCGUGAUGUUGUCACCGGCUUUCCAGGAUCCUGUCAUGAUGCCCAUAUAUUGCGCCAAUCGGGAAUAUAUGAUACUCUGGACAAGGACUUAGAAAAUAAUGGAUGGCUGCUGGGAGAUGCUGGUUACCCCUGUCUACCAUGGCUCUUAACACCUAUCAACAGGCCAUCCUCUCCUGCAGAAGCAGCUUACAAUGUUGCUCAUACCAAAACAAGAGUGGUUAUCGAAAGAUGCUUUGGUGUCCUAAAGAGCCGUUUCCGUUGCAUGUCCUUGUCUGGUGGAUUCCUUCAGUAUUCCCCCAGUAAGGUAGCUGAUAUGUUCCCAGCAUGCAGCAUUCUCCAUAACAUUGCAAGGCAUGGAGGACUACAAGAGGAACUAGACACCACAGUGGAGGAUGACAUGCCCACAAUUCCAGUGGAAAAUGAUCACAGGGGAAACGCAGCAAGAAGUAAACUGAUUACAAACUAUUUUUCAGGUUAACCCAACUAUAAAAACUUUGGAGAAAUAACAUAAAAUUAAGACAGGAGUACAAAAAUUGCCAAAAAAUGAAUCUUUAUUUUGUUUUUGUAUUUUCACUUUGUUUUACUUCUUUUGCAUUUAUUUUUUAUCUUGUAAAACAUUCAACAUUAACAGUUUCAAACAUAUAAAAUAAAAGUUUCACUUAAAAGUCUUCUACAAAACAAAAGUGUGUUUGAAUUCUUUAUUGCAACAAGUGUAAGUGUGGGUUAUACACGCAAAAAUUCUGUUCAUCUGCUAAUAAGUACCAACAUUUUUUUGACAUUAGUGAGAAGCAAUAAAAUAGAAGACCGAACUGUGUGCCAAAGACAGUUGAAAUGCUGCAGUUGCCUGAAACCAUGUCCUUGCCAGAAAGAUGGUGAAUGAAAUGAGUGCUGUUAACUGCGUUGUGUGGGAGAGGGGAGAAAUGAAAUAAAACUAAAAUAAAUACCACCAAUUGGCGUAAUGGCAGAUGGCUAUAGCCAACCUAAGGUAAGGAGAGUAAGUGACCUGUAAAGAAGCCGUUGAUAUGCAAACCAAUAAAUAACACAAUAAUUGAAUCAUAAUAUUAUAUUUUUGGUGUGAUUUAUUGUUUUGUAUAUCAUCACCUUCAUCACUGGUCACUUAACUCUACCUUUGGUUGCCUAUAGUCAUCUACCAUUACCCCAAAUGUUAUAUAUAUUUUAAUUUCUCCUCUCCACCCCACACCGCAGUUACCAUCACUCAUUUCAUUACUGAGAAACAAUGCACGUUAGUUAAAAUGUUAACUACUCCAGGCAGGGCAUUUGAAAGAUGGAAAAGCGGUCGUCUACAACUUGCAGAAACAUUUUUAACCUCAUUAGUCAGGAAAUGAUACCUACAUUCCAUACCAAUAACAUGUGGUUUCAAAAGUAACAGAAA